GCACACUGUUUUGUUUACUUUUUUUUUUUUCUCUAUCUUAUUUAUUUCCUUUUUUUUUUGUUUUCUAUUUUAUUAUCUCUUAAAAAUAUUGUUUUCUUUGCUAGAUUUCAAUUUACUGUUUUCAUCAAUAGAUAGAUUCAUUAAUGUUGGAGAUGGUUUGAAUGGUUAACUGGGCUAUCUUGUUUUCCCCCCUCUUUUUCCUGGGUGGUGAAAGUAGAAAUAUUGUGAUAAAAUGAGUUUUUUGGAAUUUAAUUAGUGUGAUUUUUUUCUUUGUUUUUUUUUGAACUUGGUAUUGAUUUUUUCUUUUUAUUUGUUAAUUUGAGCUGGUGUUGCCUAGUUUUUAUGGUUUUAAGGCUUGAUCCUUUUUUUGCAUUAUUUAUGGAUAUUUGAGUUUGGGUGUGAUGGUACCGGUACAUAAACAUGAAAAGUAACAAACUUGAAGCUGUUAUUGGUUUGCUAUCUACUUUUUUUCAGUUUUAAUGAACUUUUUGGAUUUGAAAUUGAGGAGAGCAUGAAAUUUAUUUGAGAUUGAGCUUAGUUUGAUCUCUAUUUAUCGAUAAUAACUGCACAAGAGUGUUUUUUAAUUCUUGAACUCGGUUCAUUGUACUUUGUGCCAUCGUUAUUCCUGGAAAUGGGAUCAUCUUCCCCCUCUCUCUGCGUCUGAAACUUUGUAAUUUCAUUGAUUCGACUCUUUGAAACUAUGCUUUAGUGUGUGCUUCUUUUUGCGAAAAUUAGGUGCUAUGUGAAAAAUUACUCUUGGUUUAACUGAUUCGAAAAUUGCUCAGUUCGUUUUGUUAUGUUUUUGGAAAUGGUAUUUAAGAACACUUUAAAUAUUGAUAUCUUUUCUGUUUCAAUCCAUGGCUAGGCUUGUUUUUGUGCUAUUGGAUUUUCUGACGUUACAUGUGUUGUUGGUGCAUGGUUGUGUUUUCACGGUUACUUGAACUUGGGCAUUAAAAUUUUGUAUUAUCCGACCGAAAAUGUGAAAAUUGUAACUUUUACUUGUAUAUGACUUGAGUUGGUGAUUUUUUUUUUCUUAUCUCAGUUUAGAUAGAAGUAGUGAGAUUCCAUUCUGAUCUUCUUCAAUCGGAUAAAAGUUACGAAACUCGUUGAUUGAGUCAGCCGUUGCCACUACUUUGAAGAUUUUCAAAAAUGGACUCUCAUUGGGACUUCAAGAACUUUGGAAAUGCCUCACCAGGACAAGGAAGCGUUAGAAAGUCACCAGAGAAUCCCCCCUUGGUUCGCCAGUCUUCAGUAUACUCAUUAACCUUCGAUGAAUUCCAAAAUACCUGGGGUGGUGGACUUCAGAAGGAUUUUGGAUCAAUGAACAUGGACGAGCUGUUGAAAAACAUAUGGACUGCUGAAGAGACCCAAGCAAUGACAAAUACAGUUGGUGUGGGUGGAGAAGGAAGUACCCCAGAUGGGAAUUUACAGAGACAAGGGUCUUUAACUUUGCCUAGGACACUAAGUCAAAAGACUGUUGAUGAGGUUUGGAGAGACUUGAUAAAAGAAACCAGUGGUGGUGCAGGAUCCAAUUUACCACAAAGGCAACAGACUUUAAGAGAGAUGACUCUGGAGGAGUUUUUGGUGAGGGCUGGGGUAGUGAGAGAGGAUACUCAACAAAUUGGAAGGCCUAAUAAUAGUGGAUUCUUUGGUGAACUAUCGCAAUUAAAUACCAACAACAACAACAACAACACUACUGGUUUGGCUCUUGGCUUUCAGCAGCCAAAUGGAAACAAUGGGCUUAUGGGGACUGGGAUAAUGGAGAACAAUUUAGUUUCUAACCAGCCUUCUAGUUUAGCUCUGAAUGUGGGUGGAAUCAGACCCUCUCAACAACUACCGCAGCCACAGCAGCAGCAGCCUCUCUUUCCCAAGCCAGCAGCAACUGUGGUGUUUGCAUCACCUUUACAUGUGGCAAACAAUGUUCAGCUUGCUAGCCCUGGAGUGAGAGGAUCGGUUGUUGGGAUUGCAAAUCGAUCUGUGAACAAUGGUCUAGCUCACAGUAGAGGAAUGGGAAUGGUUAGUUUAGCAGCUAGAGGUGUUACAGUCGCAACAGGAUCCCCUGCAAACAGGAUAUCACCGGAUGUGAUUGCAAAGAGUAAUGCUGACACAUCUUCACUAUCGCCAGUUCCUUUUGUAUUUAGUCGGGGAAGGAAACCCAGCGCAGCUCUGGAGAAGGUUGUUGAGAGAAGGCAGAGGAGAAUGAUUAAAAACAGAGAGUCAGCUGCAAGAUCACGGGCUCGCAAGCAGGCCUAUACAUUAGAGCUGGAAGAUGAAGUUGCAAAACUUAAAGAGCUGAACAAAGAAUUACAGAGAAAACAGGUAUGCUCUUUUCUGGAAAAAAAAUUCUUGGAAUUUGGUGGGCGGCAAACUUGCUUGACCAAAUCUUGGUUGCUGCAGGCUGAAAUAUUUGAAAUGCAGAAAAAUCAGUUCUUAGAGACAAUGAAAGCGCAGUGGGGAGGUAAAAGACAAUGCUUGCGAAGGACACUGACUGGACCUUGGUAGAGUUGAUAAAUUGGUUGUGGAUAGUAGAAGCAGUGCUUGAACAUGCAAAAUCUUAGCCAUUUGUGUGGCGUAAGGAUUGGAGUGUGCAUAUGUGAUUUGCAUCUUAUACUGCAAGGGUAGGGUAGGGCAGGGUAGGGUAGAGUAGGCUAGUUGUAUGUGCAGGAGUAGAAGGUUAAGUUGUAAAUUAUGACAUGAAAUUAUUAUAUCCCUGUGCAUUAAACUUUCUUAUCUACGUUAAUCGUUUACUUUCCA